AUGGAUGCAUUGGCAAACCCAGCGGUCCAGCUGCAGGACAUGCCUCCCGGUGGAAGGGCGGAAAUCAUCGCGAGCGAGGGACCGAAUGUGUUAGAGAAAACAAUCUCUAGAUUGUCCAGACGAGUGUCUACUCAGUCAGGGAAGAGCCGCCACGCGACAGCGGUGCCAGUACGCGAACAGACGUCAUCGAGAACAGAACAAGCCGGAGGAGGCGCCGAAGCAGAGAUUGCAGAAGAGGUCGACACCGAAGAUGUAUUCCCCGAGGGCGGUCUGCGAGCAUGGCUUGUGGUGCUUGGCGCAACUUCUAUGUUACUGCCAUCGUUUGGCCUGAUGGUCACUAUUGGCACACUACAAGACUACUGGCACCAGAAUCAGCUAUCGAAUUUCACUGCGCGAGACAUUGGCUGGAUACCGUCAGUCUUUGUGUAUCUCACACUCAGUCUGAGUCUUUGGGUAGGACCCCUUUUUGAUCGAUACGGCCCUCAAUGGAUUGCUUUGAUAGGAAGCUGUGGUUACGUGGUCAUGGUGUUCCUUCUCGCCGAAUGCACGGAGUUCUGGCAGAUGAUACUUUGUCUUGGGGUAUUGGGAGGAGUAACAGCAGCUAUGUUGACCUGUACUGCGCUCGCUGUGGUUGCACAAUGGUUCAAAACUCGAAGAGCACUAGCGCAAGGUAUCGCAAUGGCUGGCACUUCUGUCGGAGGACUUUCGAUGCCAUUGAUCCUGAAGUCGACCUUCCCGAGGUAUGGUUAUGCUUGGUCUUUGCGCAUUUUAGGCUUCAUGUUUGUGUUUUUUCUCGUGGUCAGUAACAUCCUGCUUAAGGCUCGCUUCCGUCCAUCAGCCGCAGCGAAGAAGAAAGCCAUGAUAUCUUUGCACAUCUUCGGAGAUCUGCGAUUCAGUCUCUUCGCCAUUACCGUGUUCGGCUUCGAAAUCGUCUUGUUUGGUACCUUGGGUAUCCUAUCUACCUAUUCGUCAAUAUCCACGCAUUUCCCACCCGACACCAGUUUCUACCUAAUCGCGGUCCUAAACGGAGUCUCUUGCCUUGGACGGAUCAUACCAGGUUACCUUGGUGAUAAGCUGGGACGAUUUAACACCCUGCUCAUCAUGAUCAUCUUCACGCUGGUCUUCAUGCUGGCUUUGUGGCUGCCACUCGGAACGAAAUCACUGCCCGCACUGUACGCUUUCUCAGCGCUUUUCGGGUUUGGCACUGGCAGUUGGAUGGCCUUGACUCCUGCUUGCAUAGGACAGCUGUGUAGGGCGGAUGAGUUUGGACGCUAUUAUGGCUCGAUGUACUUUGUAGCAUCGCUGGCCACGCUCGUGUGCGUUCCUAUUAGUGGAGAACUGGUACAGACUGUUGGGCCUGACGCGAUGGUUGGCUUCUUCUGCUGUAUCCUUGCUUUGAGUCUGGUAAGCUUCAUCUUCAGUCGGUGGGCAUAUUUAGGAAGACGGUGGACCCUUCUGGUGAAAGUCUGA